AUGCUGCACUUCGUUGCCAUGACAGCAGAAUUCCUCUUUGUUGUGGGGUUCCUGAUGGGUAGCACUCUGUGCAAUCCCAUAGCCACCUUACCAGUGAGCCGAGAUCGUCUGGAAAGGGUGCUGACCCAAGCCAAGGAGACCAAGCAUCCGGUCAAGCAGGCCCCCGAGGAGCCGCUGGAAUACGCCGCUCAGCAGCAGCUGGAGGGAAUCGAUGCUUUUGGACCUAAUAGGACAGCUUUGAACAGCGCCAGGCCAAACUUCAGCUCCCUAACAGGCGGGAAGUCCCAGGAGCUAUGGAGCGAACAAGACAGCCUGAACCAGAUCGACGAGGGCCCCACCAGCGACGUGGCCCUCUCCCUGGACGCCAUCGACGAGUACGCCUACCCCGACUACAGGGGGAAGGGCUGCAUGGACGAGAGCGGCUUCGUCUUCGCCAUCGGCGAGGAGUUCACCCCGGGCCCGUCCACCUGCCCCUGCCUCUGCACCGACGAGGGCCCGCUGUGCACCAAGCCCGAAUGUCCCAAGGUCCACCCCCGCUGCAUCAAGGUGGACACCAGCCAGUGCUGCCCGCUGUGCAAGGAGAAGAAAAACUACUGCGAGUUCCGCGGCAAGGUCUACGCCUCGCUGGAGGAGUUUAAGGUGUCUCCAUGUGAGAGGUGCCGGUGCGAGCCCAGCGGAGAGGUGCUGUGCUCCGUGGCGGCCUGCCCUCAGACCGAGUGCGUGGACCCGGAGUACGAGCCGGACCAGUGCUGCCCCAUCUGCAAGACCGGUGAGACUCUCUUUUGUUUUGGUGUUUCUUUUCCCAAACAAAGCUGCGGGCCAAACUGCUACGCGGACACGGAGGUGAUCCCAGCCGGCCGAGAAGUGAAGAUUGAUGAGUGCACAAUCUGCUACUGCACAUACGAGGAGGGAACGUGGCAGAUUGAGCGCCAGGCCACCUGCAGCAAAAACGAGUGCCAGCAGAGCUAA